GCUGGGCUAUUGCGCACGUGACCGACACCACGUGCGCGAACACGCGACCGAGUUUAUCCAGAUGAAAUUAAAAAAACCAACAACGUUCAUUUAGUCGCACAGCUGGUUAAGUUUGUAUAAUUAAUGCCCGUUGAGGAAACAUGGAUGACGUCAUGUUUGUAUUGACCGUUAACUUAGGCCAUGUUGGUAGUGAUCGUUAUGUUGAACACUAACGCUGAGACGUUUUUAUUUUGUAAUUUUGUUUGUGUGUGACUGAAAUAAUCCAGAGCGAGAGACACUUGUUAUCCAAAUGGCCAGAGAGGUGUGAAGACGGAUCUCCUCCCCGAAGUGGUUCUCCAUCACGGCCGUUACCCGGGAGACGGAUUCAUUAUCUCCAGGAAUAAACACUGUUGGAGUGCGUCUGCGGUCAGGAGGUGAGGGGCGAACCACAGGGCGCCCGGACGGCUUUAGGAGAAAAGAAAAUCCAACAACAUAAACAAAACCACGACCCCGGGGCGAUCUCCACACCUAAACUGACCCCACAUCUGUUGCAACGUACACUGCUACUCGGGUUUCGCUCCUCCGCCCCGGUGGGAUGGCGUUUUGCCUGGCUGAGCUGCACUUGUGGUCCACCAAGAGCUCACUCCAAGUCAAAGAUACAGAUAUUGGCACCUAUCAGUACUACGAUAAAGGAGAGCCAGCAAAACCCCUGGAGCAUCACUAUUACAACGAGAAACUCGGUUUCUGUGAAGCUCGAGGCUAUUCGUGGACCCCCAGGAACCGCCGACCGGAGAAGCUACGCGAUUCGCUGAAGGAGUUGGAGGAACUGUUGCAGACCAACACAUGCGUUCACAGCAGAUGGAGGAGCAAGCACUGCUGCCAGGUGUUGCUGAGCGGUGGAGUCCUGGUGACCCUGAACCUAAAUGGACCUCAGCUCGAACAGGUUUAUGUGGACCGAACAUUAGUGGGCCGACUACCAGCCAACACUGUGGCUGAUGCGGUGCUCAGCGAUAGGCUGAUCCUGCUGUCCUUCCUGGAGCAGAGCCAGGUGGCUGCAGUCCACCUCAACCAGAAGAACCAGGACUCCCCAGAGACGGGCCGGCGCACCGAGAAACUCUCUCCUUCUGAAACCAAGGUGGCGUGUGUGGAGGCGAGUGGGCGUGGCCGGAGGCUCCUCAGACGCGUGCGCCUCAACCGUCUCCAGGACGUGGCGCUCUGCUGGUGGGACCUGGACGAGCCCGGAGACGAGCCGUGGACCUGGACCCCCUCAAACACGCACAGGAACAACCUGGUGCUGCUCAGCUGCUCGCCUGCUGACGGCCUCAAGGUGCUCGGCUCCCUCCGGACAGAAGGAAAUCCUCUGGACUGCCGCUUCAGCGUUCUGCAGCCCUACCAGCUGCUAACGGUGGAGCUUCCCACCGCGGCCCCCGGCUUCAGCGAGGGGUCCUGGGCCGACGCCUGCGUCUACGAAUGUGCUCGAGGGCGCCCGCACCGCCUGUCCGUCACCCGCAUCCCGCUGCCGUCCCGCGCCGUCUCCUGCUCGCGUCACCCCUCCGAGACCGCCCUCCUCCUGGGCCUCGCCGACUCCUCCCUGGUGCUGUACGACCAGCGCAGGGGGGCCUCUCUGCUGGCCCCGUGCCCCGUGCCGCCCACCCUCCUGGCCUGGCACCCUGCCGGGGCCGUGGUCCUGGUCGGUGGGGAGCAAGGGGAGCUGAUGUGCUUCGAUGUGGGCUUGGCGCCUGUUGCCGUGGCGCUGGUGGCGGAGGAGGUGGCUCCGGCCGCCACGCUGAGGCUCGCCGAGCACCUGCGCUGCCGUGGAGGGCUGGAGGGCCUGCAGUGGGCGGCGGGCCCGGAGGGAGACGUCCUGAUGUUGGCCUUUCACGGGGGGCCGCUGGCAGCCCUGAGAUUCAGACUGGGAGCUCUGACCGGAGGGCAGCUGGGUCCCGGGGAGCUGCUGCAGCAGCGGCUGCGUUGUGGUCAAGUCAAAGAGGCGCUGGGCGUCCUGGAGGCCAUGGACUGGAGCAUCAUGGGAGACGAGUGCUACCGAGGCCUGACCGCCGUCACCAACCACCUGCUGAGGCUGCAGCUGGACGCAGGCCGGGAGGCCCAACUAGAAGCAGCUCUGGGUGUGUUCUACGCUCCUCCCGUUCCUCUCUCUGAUGUCGUGAUACUCGAGUACCGGGAGCCAAUCAGCAAGUGCGCUCGUCGCUUUUUUCACCACCUUCUCAGACACCAGCGCCUCGAGAAGGCCUUCCUCCUGGCCGUCGAUUUGGGAGCCAGAGAUUUAUUCAUGGACCUCCAUUAUGUUGCCGGCGAUAAGGGCGAGGUGGUGCUGGCGGACGUGGCCAAGAGGAAAGCCAACGAAAUCCAGGCUCAGAACAACGAUCCUCUGAGAGGGUUUGGACAGACGGAGAGGAACCAGAGUGCAUCAGGACCUCCGUACCCAGAAACUCCCCAAACACACGCUGAUGGGAGAGCCAAUCAGAGGAGACCACAGGCAGACAUCCGCGUGAGCGUGAGUCCAGACGUGUUCGGGACACCGAGACCAACAGGAAGCAGCGAAGCUGACGGAGGCGUCGGGAAUGACGAUGAAGACCUCGGGAUGCUUCACUUGGUCCAUUUAGGAACGGUUUGAAGAACAGCUUCAUGUGAACUCACCUGUAAUCCUACCUGGAUAGAACCGACUGUGUGGAUAUCUGAUAAAAGAGGUAUGACACAUGUGUUACGUGUGAAUAAAUUAGUUUUCUAUUGUCAGUAAAUUGUACAGUUUGAACUUUAAAUAAAGAAGAAAGAAAAUCUGUAUUUUUCAGAUCUGAACUGUGUAAUUUGGGUUAUAUUAAGAAAACGAUUACGCCGGUUUAAUAAAAUUAAAAAAAAUCAAACACUGAAAAUGUUUUAAAACCUCUUUUUUCCCCAUUAA